CUAUCCAGGAUACUGAGCGUGACCAUGGGACUCCAGUUCAUCGCUCGGCAUCGUGUCCACAUAUACACACACUCACACCUGGCACAAUUUAGCGUACGAAUCCACCCCCUGGUGUGUGGGGUUUUUUUUUUUGGGGUGGUGUGAAAAACCCCCAGAGAACCUGGAGGAAACCUACAGGGAGAAUAUGCAAAACUCUGCACUGACAGUAACCUGAAGUCAGGAUAUGAAAUUAUUUGAACUUUUCGAAUCUUCCUACAAUUACAAGUCAACAAAAUAAAGCGUCAACCUCUCCAAUAACAGAAGAAGAGAUUUUAACAGUUAUGAAAACAAAAGUAAAACAGUAAAAUGUCCAGGUAGUGAUGGAUUCACAAAUGGAUUUUAUAAAGAAUUUAAUAAUUGGUUGCCGUCAAUAUUGUGUGAGGUUUUUAAUUGGAUUAUAGAUAAGGAUGAGUGGCUAUAGACGUGGAACUCCGCCGUUAUAACCGUAAUACCAAAGGAAGGGAAAGACCCCAUACAAUGUUCAUCUUAUAGACCUAGAUCUUUGUUAAAUGUAGAUCAGAAGUUCUUCACUUCUGAUCAAUAAUCACUGCUAGACUUGCUGAUAUAAUACCAACAAUAAUUAAUUCAGAUCAAACUGGAUUUGUGAAAAAUCGGGUAUUAUUUGAUAAUGUACCAGGAACACUCAGUCUUAUUGAUUAUGCAACUAAAACUAAGAAACAAAUGUUAAUUAAAACAUUAGAUGUUGAUGUUAAUUAAAAUGUUAAUUAAAAGAUUAGAUGCUGAAAAAGCAUUUGACAGGGUCUUAUGGCCCUUCAUUUUUGAAACUUGUGAAACAUAUUGUUUUAAUCAAAGGUUUAUUAAAUUAGUUAAAAAAAUAUACAAUCAACCAAAUGCAAGAGUAAGGACCAAUGGAGUUCUUUCAGAGAAAUUUGCAUUAAUGACAAGACAAGGAGAUCCCUUAUCACCUUCGAUAUUUGCUUUAUGUAUAGAGCCCUUAGCACAGAGUAUAUGAAUGAAUUCUUUAAUAAAAGGUCUUGAAAUUGAAGAUGAGGAACAUAAACAGAUGUAGAAACGUCAUUACCCUCAGUGUUAGAAGAGAGAGAGUUAUAUGGAGAUUUGUCAGGAUAUAAAUUAAAUUUGAAUAAGAAAGAAGCUGUGGAAAUAGGGGGUAAACUUCAAAAGGAUUUUAAAAAGAAAUAUGAUAUUUAUUGGAACCACACUGAGAUAAGGUACUUGGGAGUGAUAAUUCCAAAUAAUGUAGAAAAUGUAUAUAAGUGUAAUUAUGACCCUUUAGAAACUGCUAUAAGAAACUAUUUUAAAAGGUGGAAAAUAUUAUCAUUAUCUUUGUUUGAAAAAAUAUGUACUAUUAAACUUCUUAAUUUUUUUUUGUGUUGGUGGAGGGUAUUAUCAAAAAAGGAGGACAAUUAUUGGGAAAAAAUAUUGUCUUUAAAGGAAAUGUUCAUUUCUAUAAUUCGAUUGAAUGUUUUCGAAUUGAAAGUCAUGAUAAAGUAUUAACAACAACAACAAAAAACAAUAUCCUGAUUUAUCCAGGAUAUAACCUGGGAUUUUGGAGCUGUGAGGUGGGAAGUAAUCCCGGCUUGUCAGGGGAUCUUCAGUAUCGUACUCAUUUGAAAGAUGACAUAGAAGCAUGCUGGUCAAACUCUGUUUAACCAUUACACACAGCAGUAAAGCUCUUUAAAUGGCUAAAAACCUCUCCAGAAUUAAUGACUACAGGUCUGUUUCUGGUUUCAGGUCAUUCAGAUAAUCUUCAACCACAAAUAUCGCACAGAGAAAAAAAUUUAAGUAAAAAAAACCAAACAAACAAACAAAAAAACAUGAAAUCCUCCAAUAGCUGGAAGUGCAUUGCACUGAAAAGAAAAUCCUGGUUGUAUGAACACUUGAAGAAGGUUUUGGUUUCCACCUCCAAAAUCCAGUACGCUAAUGCGUAUUUUACAACUCCAAAUCCUUUUACUUUUUUAGUUUAUUCACUACUAUAAAAAUUCAAACAGACUUCUUCGUCCUCGUUGCCCACCCAGACACACAUGUUUAUGAGGUACUGAAUAGUGCACAUUAGAAUAUUACUGGUCCUCCAUUUUGAUGUACUUGGUAGAAAAACCAUGGCAGUUAUAUCAUUUUGGCAGUUGAUUAAUCAUACACAGAACCGCACAUUAUGUUAUGAGUACUAAUAGUGUAAUAAUGCACAUUAGUUCUAAUAAAGAGCAAUUAAUCAACAUAAAACAUGUAACUAAAUGAAAAUGAAAAAAAAAGGUUAAUUAUAAUUAAAUCUGCUUAUUAAUACAUGACACAAGUAAUGACUUAAACACAUACAACUUAUUACUGAGGCUACAAUAAGUCAUUUAUAACAUGGCAAAAAUAGCUCACAUCUUAGGUCAGUGUUAUUAGGGGCUAGUUUAUAACUCAGUAUAACUAAAUAUUACUGUGUUACACAUUGAAACGGUUUCAGCUAGUUUAUAUGUAAGCUUUUGGAUAAAAUCUUUUGACAUAGAAUAUGAUUUAAUUAUGAUGGUGCAGCAUUUUGACUAUAUAUGUAUAUAUAUAAAAGAACAUCUUUAUUCGCUGGCAUGUUCUGUUAGAAUUCAUAUUAUUUAUGUGAAAAGACACGACUGUAUAAUCGACCAGUUAAUCAUGGUCAGCUAUAAUUCUGAUUAUAGCCAUGAUGCAGAACAGUAAUGUCUUAAGGCGGGGGUUCUCAAAAUGUUUUACAGCCACGGAGCCCUUUAAUUAUAAAAUAAAUUCCAUGGACCCAUCAAUAUCGAUUUAUUUACAUCCAACAAUCCAAUUUUUCCAAUACAAAUCAAAUUAUUUAAAUAUGUACAAUAAUACAGAGUGUCCCAAACGUUUUCAAAUAUAGGGGACUAUGUUUGCCAGCAUCAUGUCGGUUGUGCCUUCGUCAGUGGAUGUUGGUGGACGUCCGCUUCUUGGUCGGACUGCGACACUUCCAGUCUUCUGAAUUUGUUAAUAAGUUUGGCAGUAGUGUCAUGUGUGAUGUGCUCACCACAUUUCCUGUAAAAGUCCAUCGCAAUCUUGUGACAGAUUCCUGAUCCAGCCAUGAGAAUGAUUUCAAUAUUAUAUUAUAAACUAAGUCAAUGGAAGACAUUUUGCUGAAAAAAAAAUUGUUCAUUUCUCCUGUGUAUGGAGACUUUUGGGAAACCCUGUAUUUUGGCUUUUUAUAUAGGCUAUUUAUAGAAAGCUGUUUAUUCCUGCAGUUUCCACCAUCAGAAGACAUUAGUUCCAAGUUGGCAUUAUUUAUAGCCUUAUUUGUUUUUGAAUUAUGGAGCUUUGUAUUAAACCAGCACAAUUCCAGUUUCCACUCAAAUAGGCCAAUGAGUAUAAGAAUUCAAUGAUAAAUAUAAUAGCUUUGAUAAUGGUGGUUGUGAUUUCUACCACUGAAAAAUAAACAAACAUGGACACCUUAGUCAUGCUUCACAAACCAGAUUAUGAGAAGCACUGGUUUAAGGCACAUUAGCAAUGGCUAUUUUAGACACAAGCACCAGAGCAUAGCUUUCAUUUGACUAAAAAAGAAAGUGUACUCCCUUGAAAUGGAGAACGGUUCUAUACAACCUGGAACUUAAAUUGACUUAAUUGGAUUAUAUGUCAUAAAUCUGAACAAAUAAUACUACUGCAUACAAAUUGCUUAAGUUUUCACUUCCAGUGUUCUGAAACCAUUAAAGUAGUUCUGGUGCAACCAUUUGUCAUUAAUAUUCACCUUAUCAGUUGAAUGGAGUCUACAUUCGUGCGAAAAAUAGAUAAUAGAUAUUUUUCGGUAUAAAUAUACCUGUCCCUGGAAAACCCCCGAGUUUGUUCGGGAACGUACCUAAACAAACAGAACAAGGAGUUACAGUAUCAAGAAGUUCCUUACUUAUAAACCCAUACCACACUGCACCAUUUAAUAAAUUAUUUAAACAUGGACAGACAAUUGUGAUUCUAGAGGUGGCAUCCAUUCAAAUUCACUGAACGAGUAAGGAGGGUGUUGGUCACACAAGCAACUAAUAGGCCAAGGGUGACUCUGCAGGAGCUGUAACGCUGCAAAAUGUGCAAAAGUUCAAGGGGUGUGAAUACUUAUGUAGAGCACUGUAUCAGUAGGUUACGUAACUAGAAGAAAACAUUUCCAUCUCCUUGCAAAACGGUGGCAGAAUGGUGCAGGCUUCACAUGCCACACCAGGUUUGAGGCUUGUAUUUCAGAAUAUGGGAGUGUUCGGCUGAGUAAUCGGCUCUGAGGAGGCUCUGUCACAUGACUUCCCCAGCAGCACAGAGUAAAUAGAUCAGCUGAGAGCAAGAACAGGAAAGUGAAACUUAAAGCUUGCUCUGCUUUUCUACACGCUCUGUGCAUCCUGCAUACUCUGAUAGUAUUUUUUAUAAUAUUCUAAUAUCUGACCUUUUGAAUGUAAAACAGCUAAAUCUAACAAAAAUGGCAUUUUUAACUGACAUUUUUCCUCCCUGUUUCUCUGAAAAUGAAAGUUAAGGGCCGGCUGCAGUUGGACAUUGCUUUCUGUUUCCUUUUAUCAUGAAGCACAAGAAACUUCUUAUUGGCUGUCUGUGUGCAUGACUGUGUAUUUGGUUGCUGACAAAGGUGGAGUGCUAUAAAACAAACAACCGGCAUAUUUUAUCCUCAGUUCUUAGGCUUGGACUUGUUACAGUGACUGCUCUCCUAUGGUAAGACUGAGCUUACAUUUUAUUUUUGAUGGAUCUUUAUACAUUUGGAUUUGUAAUUUUGGACUUUAUUUACCCAUUACUAAAUAUAUUUUGAACAUCAGUAAUUUUUCUUUUUUUUUCUAUGCUUUUGUUUAUUUACAGUAUCAGAUUACUCUUUUAUACUACUCAUGAGAAUCCUGAUAUUCUAAAAGAGCUUAUUUAUUGGUUUGAUUUAUCAUUAUGGGAUAAAAAGUAGCUUGUGUUCAGCUUUUAAAAGCGCUUCUCAUCAAUACGUGACUCCAAGGCAACAAAUUCAAUUGAAUCUUGUUUAGUUAUCUGCUAAGGGUGGAAAUGUAAGGGUUUGUUUUUUUUUAAUAGGAAGGAAGGUUAUUUCCUUGAAUCCUGAGAGUUGUAGUUCUGUAGUUCAGUUUAUCUUCUUUCGGUUAAUUAUGUUAUUAUUUGCAGAUGAAAAAAUGGGUAAACUCAGUAAGAAAGUCGUACGACUCCUAGAAGGUCACCCUGAAGGAAUCCCGCUCUCGAGGCUGGCUGUGUUCUACAAUCAGAAGUAUCGUCAUAACCUGACCGUGUCAGAAGUUGGCUUCUCCAACAUUUCCGAUUUCAUUGCCUCUUUGACUGAGCAUCUGGUGGUAAAGAAUGGGAUAGUUUUCCACAAGAAGCACAUAUGCCACACCCAGGACACUGGAGAGGAGGUGGAAGUGGCUCAAAGCUUCAAAGAAGACAAGGACAGAACAUCACAGGAAGUGGUGGAACUAAUUCAGGAGCACCCACAAGGCAUCCCUCUCAAGAAACUAGCCGUGUUCUACAGUUUUCGCUACAAGCGAAACCUGACUGUUUCAAACCUAGGCUUUGAUUCAAUCGCCAGUUUCGUCGAGUCUCUGUCGAAGGAUUUGCUGGUGGAAAAUGAGAGCGUCUUCCACAAGUUGCACAGGCUUACUCCUGCGGCACCAGCACCAUUGAAUGAAACUCCUCCUGCAAUCAAGAACAGCUCUGGAAUAUGCUUUGGUGCUGCGUCAGUGCAAAACAAAGGUGAGAUGACCCAAGAGGAGCUGCUUGAGAAGGUUAAGGAGGUUAUCAGAAUCUACCCAGCUGCUGCAACCUCCAUUACACAGCUGACGAAUGGCUACUUCCUACUUUUUGGGUCUAUACUGCCACUGGGGCUGUAUAUGUCACUGUACGACAAUCAGACCAGCACACAGCAGGCAACUUUUGGCCAAGCACAGGUUAUUGCACAACAGGAAGAAGGAAGCCCUGCUACACCAGUAAAGAGGCUCACUACACCUUCUGCGAGCCCGCAGCGUGCUCCAGUCACACACCGGGUGGCUGAAGAUGUGGUACGUUCCAAGAGCGACUCUCCUGUGUGGCGGGUCACUGCUACUCCACCUCCUGCAGAUUCUAGUCUCACAACGUUGAUUGACUUCCCACCCCUCGGAACCAGACCCUCCCGAGCUGAGGAGAGGAAAGUAAGAGUUGGCCAGGAGGGAAGCAGCCUGGUGUUCCGUAAUGCCCACUAUGCCCAGCUGAGAGAGGUGCACGGAGCUAACAUUCGUGCAGCAGAGGCCUUAGAGGUGGCAAACGAGAAGAAAGAGACUGUGAAUAGGCGCAAGAACAAGCCGAGUCCAGACGACGUGAACGUCCUCGCUGAGGACACCAUCCGAGACAUCGCGUCUGAUGGGGAACACGUCACAAUAGAGAAGGUGAUAGACAAAGUGUGCAUGCUUUUGCAAGUGCCGUCCUUGAACGCAGUGGGAAUCAGAUCUAAUUGGCACCUGCCUGCUAUAAAGGAACUCGAGCGCACCGUUAAAGAGAUCAACCUCUUCAUUCAGUCGAUAGAGGUGACCUGUUCCAUGUGCACUCUCUAUGAGCUGGGUCAGGGUAUUGCUGGCAUGAAGAACAAGAAGCGAUUUGAAGAGCUCCACCUAGGCCCGCUCUGUAAAAUCCCGCUUGUUCAUCGGCUGUUCACAAUAGACAGCAACACCAAAGAUGAUGAUAUACACCAGAUCGAGACUGUGGAUCUUCUUAGGAGUCUUCGUAACUUCAGGAAAAAGCACAGCAAGCAGAAGGUAGACCUUGCCGAGUUCAUGCAGUACCUUGCAGAUCAGUACGGCUGUGAUUCACCAUAUGCACUUGGAGUCCGGAUCCAGAGUGUUGGGCUGCCCAUUUCGACAUUGUCGAAGGCAUAUUUGUAUGAGAACGCUUGCUUGGAGAGAGCCAGAGAGGCCAUUCAGAAGGAGAUCGAGGAGGAGGUAGCGAGCAGGCUAUGGAAGAUUAAAAAGAGUUUACUGGAGCCGGCACAGGGAAUGCCGCUCUACUCGUCCUCUGGCAGCCUGGAGCUCAGGAAGAAAUAUGCGAGCUUGACCGCUGCCGAGGCCGUCCUUGAGAUCUUCACUAACUCCGAGGGCAUCUUUAAUGAAAGGAUGACCAAGCGAGUUAAGGACUUCCUCGUGUACGUAUCGGGAGACAGGCUGGCUCGGACCUUGUUUCAGCUGGCUAUCUGCGGCGGCUCCCUGGCCAUCCCGAAUGACCUAGCUCAGAAGGAGAAACCCCAAAAACACGUCAAGGAACAGAAAGCAUCUGAGAAGAAGGCAACCGAGAUGCCCCCCACCGAAGAUGCUGUGAAGCAGUACUUCCAGGUCUGUGUAUCCAGCUUCAUGGGUACGGUGACUCUGCCAUACCUCAGGCGACUGGAGAAGAAACUGGCAGAGCAUUUCAAGUUCAGGGAGUUUGGCCAGCUACAGCAGGGCUCCUUCCUUGAGUUCCUGGACAAAAACAUGCAGAUUCUACAGGAUGCUGCAGGGGGCACUAUAGCUAUUGGAAACCAUGAUAUUCGAGUGAACGGCUUCAGACCCAGCCAGCAAGAUGUGUAUGAGUUUAUUAAGCAAUGUGGAGAAGCAGAUCCUUCACGACUGCCAUUUAUCGAGGCUGCACUCAGGAGUCACUACAGGGUUCAGGACAGUCGAGAGCUGGGCUACGGAAAACUUCGCACACUGGUAGACUUCGCCAAGCGCCAGAAGGAGCUGUGUGACGGGGCCAGUUCCAGUGUUGUGCGCUAUGAAUGCCCUCUGCUCCAUAAAGAGCCAGAGGACAUGCUGGUGGAGACGGUGGGCUUGCUGGGGGACGUGAGCCGGGAGCAGGCAAUAGCGAGUCUCCUCUCUGCUCCACUGCUGGAGGACUUGGCUGAAUGGAGCCAGUGGGAGCUGGUCUUUCAGCCCAAUCAUGGACCACUCAAACACUUCAUUGACAAAUACUGCAGUAACACAGACCUGCUGGCUUUGGAGGUGUCUCCUGGAGAGCUGUUGAGGAUCACCUCGAUCACUGGUGAUAAAUUCUUCUCUGAAGCCACCCAGGCCCUUAACCCUGCAGGCACCGCCGGUCACCUGGUGUCCAUCGUGGUGGCUGAUGGGAUUUCAAACACCCCCACAGCAUUGCUGGCCAAUCACAUGGAGAGUUCUCUAGCAGCAGCAGCCGCCAGAGAAGAUCCGUCCCUCGGCGAAGACGGAUGCUCCUUCAUCACCGUGGCCAAGUUCGUGCUCGAGUGUGUAACUCGGAUGCCUACACGAAUCUGCAGGGAGCUGCUGCAACAGGUGUUUCUGGAGCCGCUGUCUCGAGUGCUAGGCCAGGCCAGGUCUAAAACUGUCCUCCUGGACACAGCCAAGUCGGAGACAAGGUACCUCAACAAGCUCCAUCAGCUGGGCAUCCUGCUGGGCAUCACUGAGUGGGUGAAGGACUUCCACACCAAACUCGUCUUACCCCCGACACCUGAGGUGCCCUCACAGAACCUGCCAGCUGACUCUAUGAGUGACGUGUCCUCUGUGUUGAGUCUGGCUGACGGUGAGGAUUUGUUGGAAGACUCUGUGCUCAGCUCUUUCUCCACUCCCAAAGCCUUUCAGCAGGAUAUUAAUGGCAGCACCAGGGACGAUGCCGAGGAUGACGCAGAUGAUGAAGAUCUCUUUGAGCUGGCAUCAGAGAAGAACGAGGAGGUAAACAGCAGCGUUGACAGCAGAGAGGAGGAUGAGGAGGCCGAAGGUGUAGAAGAGCCUCCUGAAGCACAGUCGGACGCGGACGACCCUGUUAGUGAGCAGCUCAGCCAGCAGAGGGCCAUCGUCGAGGACAUCAGGAAAAAUGAGUUUGGUGUGGGAGUGGAGCUGAAUGAAGCAGGUCAGAACCUGAUGAAGAAGCAACAGGCGAGGCUCGGCCGCAGUCUUGAACGCCUCUCCACUGAACUCUACAGCAAAGACACACACUUUGUUCUGGAGCUCAUUCAGAAUGCUGACGAUAACAGCUACGCACUAGAUAGAAAGGAGGAUCCCGCUUUGGCCUUCGUAGUGCAGAAAGACUGCAUCACCAUUUUAAACAACGAGUGCGGCUUCGAGGAGAAGAACAUGCGAGCUAUCUGUGACGUGGGGAAGAGCACUAAGGGAAGACAUACUUGUGGAUACAUAGGGCAGAAAGGCAUUGGCUUUAAAUCGGUUUUUAAAGUCACAGACUGUCCUGAGAUCCACUCCAACGACUUCCAUAUCAAAUUUGACAAGGCCAGCGGCCCCAUGGGAUACAUCCUGCCUCACUGGGUGGAGGAGGAGAGGCCCGUGCCCUCUGUUGCCAAGGAGAUAGCUGAGAAAAGCUGGACCACAAAGAUCUUCCUGCCUCUUCGAUCAGAGAGCUACCAGACCAAAAACCUUUUCCACGACGUGCACCCAUCUCUCCUGCUCUUCCUCCACCGUCUCCGCUCCAUCUCUAUCUACAGUGAGGCUGAGAAGAGAGUGGUGUCCAUGACGAGACGAGAUCUGAGUAACAACAUGCUGGAGGUGGAGCACACGGGUGGUGUGGAGCGCUGGCUGGUCAUCAAGAAAGUACUCUGUCCUAAGAUGAUUAAGGUGGAUGUGGAAUCUACAGAGCUAGCUCUUGCCUUCCAGCUCAGUAAUGGCUCUGAGGGUGACAUGAAGGUUCAGCCUCGGCAGCAGCCCGUCUUCGCCUUCCUGCCCCUGCGAAGCUUCGGCUUCCGCUUCAUCGUCCAAGGAGAUUUUGACAUUCCUUCUUCUAGAGAGGAUGUUGAUAGAGACAGUUCCUGGAAUCAGUGGCUCCGGUCUGAAAUCCCCCAACUCUUCCUGCAAGCCAUGGAUGUUUUCAGUAGUCACCCCGAGUUUAAUGGGCUGCAGGGACUCUGCCAAUUCUUGCAGUAUAUCCCCCAGCCUAGUGAAAUCCUGGACUUUUUCAACCCUGUGGCCAAACAGAUCAUCCAGCUGCUGAAGGGGAAACCCUGCCUUCCAGCCAAGAUGGACAGCAAGGGUAGAGUGGAAUUCAAGCUACCUUCACAGGUGGCUGUGUGCCAGGACCCGCUGUUCCAGGACGUGAUCGGAGGAGAGGAGCUGUGUAGGCACCUGAACCUGUCAUACCUUCACCCUGCACUGCAGUCAUCACUGUCAUCUUCUCUUCUCACUGCUCUGGGUGUCCAGCGGCUGAAGGCUCCUAACAUCACCACCGUCAUCUGUGCAAUGGCCAAGAGUCUCGCACAAGAGGGUGAUAUUCACUCAGAUGCCAGUCUGAAAAAGCUGGCCAAGCUGCUGGCGUGUAAUUUCCGUGCUCUGGAAUCCGAAUACAACGAGGUGGAUAACCUCCUUCAGGCCCUCCGAGAUGUUCCCAUGAUCCCUCUGGCAGAUGGCCGUGUGGUGGCUCUCAGCACAGAGGGUGUUUUCUUUCCUCUCAGUGAGGAGACUCACAAAGGCCUGGAUGCUCUGUACAAGGACCUGAGCAUCGUGGAGCCGCGGCUGCUGGCGUGUCUGGAUAAGUUGGGUAACUCUCAGGUGCGCGAGCUGCUCUGUAGGCUGCAGGUUCAUGAGCUGGAGCCCAAAGUGGUGCUGCAGAAGCACAUCUACCCCAUACUGAAGAAUGCUGCUUGGAAGGAAAAGUCGAAGGACAUCACUGUCAGCUACCUGGUGUUUAUCAAAGAGCAUUCGCAGGAGCAAGACUACAGAGUGCUAAGGGAAGCUAUCCCCGUACUCACCAACAAGGGUUUCCUCUGCCCCGGACAGAGCAAAGUGCAGUUCUCUGAAGAUUACGGGAACAUCGACCUACCCAACAAACUGCCUGGUGUGGACUGGGUGCUGCUGGAUUCAUGCUACCUACGUGAUGGAGAUCUAUCAGGAUGGAGGGAUUUCUUAACUGACCUCGGAGUGAGGGAUCUUCUCAUUUUUAGGAAAGAGAGACGCACCCUAAGAGACACAGAGCUGGCAUCGAGCCCAUGGGCAGCGGAGGCAGAGCUGUGGCCCAAAACUGCAGAUAGACUGUAUGUCGUAGAGGAUCAGCAGUGUGAAGAGCUUUACUCACUCAUAACGGCAGAUCAGCUUCCCCAUAAUAUCCAACUGCAGCAAAGACGAGCUCUGAUCACCCUGCUGGAGAACAACUGGGACACGGGAGAGAAGUAUGCUCAGUACCUCAGUGCUCAAGUGCUGGACAGCCAGGGCGGCACCCUAAGAGAUGUCAAGUCCUCGUUUUACUACCACCUCACCCAGUUGGCAUGGGUGCCUGCCUGCAAGCCCACACAGGACGGGAGAGGCAUCAUAGAGUAUUUGAUUCCAAACAAGGUGUAUCUCUCUUCUGAGAAAGUGCACAGUCUCUUGGGCUCCCACGUCUAUUACGUCAAUCUGGAUCCCAGCGAAUUCUCCAGAGCUGUAGGGAUGAAACACACUGUUCAGGUGGAUGAGAUGGUCAACUACCUGAAGCGCUGGUGUACGAAGGAGUCUGAUGGUAACGAGGUCGAAGGAGCCGAUUUCACCACCACCGUGCAGCACAUCCACUCUGUGUACCGCUACUUGCAAGCAGAGUGCUCCUUCGCACAGCUUCGAGAGCUCUUCCAGCACUCACCCGCUGUCUUCAUAGAGUAUGAAAGGAAGGACGAGUGGUCCUCAGGACGCUUCUACCAUCUCAAGGACGUGUGCUGGCGAGAUCCAACAGAAAUGUUUGUCAGAUAUAAGGAGCUGAUCCGCAAGCCAGACAGCGGGGUCCAGGAACCUAAAGUACUGGCUCCAUUUUAUAGCAAAUUGCCGGAAAUGCAAGAACUGUUUAAGUCUUUGAAUGUGGAGCCGUGUCCAUCCAUGAAGCAGUAUGUGGACCUUUUGGAGGUUGUAUGUGAAUCAUCGACACCCACAGGAGAGGUUCUUCAGGAUAUCUCCAUCUUUUUUGCCAGACUGGCCGAAAAAUGUAAAAAACCUACGCACACGGAGCAAGAGCAAGGUAUCGAAUUGAACCAGCACUACUGCAAAACGCUGAAAGAUAUGGUGUCUUGUAUGAAGGUGUUUCCUACCAAGAAACAGGGUUGGGUCACACUGGCCCGGAAACCUAUGAUAGCAGACAACCCAAGCCUGGAGAAGAUCUUCAAAUCUUACACAGAAGUUUGCCUACUCAACCUGCCCUCGCCUCAGAAGAAAGCAGCCAACAGACAAGCGAAACCAAAAGGCAAGCAACACGAGGAGAAGCUGGCCUUCAAUGAGAGAGACCGAGAGCUGUUCCUGGAGAUCUGUGGUGUGAAGAAACUCUCCCAGUGUGUCACCACUGAACCCCAGACGGAGAACUACAGGCCGUGUCCAGCUAUGCAGAACCUGGUGCGUGACCUCAUCCCGUACAUCCAGAGGUUCAUCUACCACCACGAUGAGCUCGGAGAAAUCUACGAAGACCUGAAAGAGAGUGGAAUUGCCCAGGAGAUCAAGUCACUGAGCUUCGGUCAGGUGGGAAAGCUGUACAUUUAUUACCGUCUGGAAAGGCCAGAUGAGAUCCCCAUUGUAGAGAGCGAGGACAUCAUCUGUCUUCUGAAAGACCGGAAAGAGUUGUACGUUCAGAAGGACCAUCUGUCAUCCAAAAUGGCCAUCUGCAGAGAGCUGGUGAAACUGUUCACCACUGAGAAGAGCUUCGUGGAGGAACUGAAACACUUUCUCGAGGAACUUGUUAUCCGCAUCAAUGAUACGGAUUCUUUGAAAAAAUUACUGGAUAGUAAAGACAUUCAGGAGCUUCCUCGGGAUGAAGAGCGAUGGGAGGUUCCGGCACCGCUGGAGACACCUGAACCCAAGAAGCUUUUUCCCAUCAGCUCAUCAGGAACUCUGAGUGCACAAGACAUGGAGAUGAACACAGAGGAGGAUGAGGAGGAUAAGCUGCACUGCUGGCCUCCCAAAGCAUCGAUCAACAAAACAGGAAGCAGAAGCACAGGAAAACCAAGCCAGGCAGUGGAGGCAGUAAUGAAGAUGUGGCCUCCUCCAGCACCUCUAACCUCUUCAGCUCCUCCUGUUUCUCCUGCAUCUUCUGCUCAUUGGGGCUCUGGAGCUGAAAGGAGCUCUUCCAGUACAAAUGCUCAGGAAAAUACAACAGAACUCAAGCAACACCGAGAGCCAGGCGCUCCAAGUAUUCAGGGAAUUCAGGGACCCAGGUCAAGUGGUAGCUUCCCACACGCAGAAGAACAAACUCCCAAAGCUGCUGUGCUGGUGGUCCAUGGUGUUGAUGCUCCUAAUGAAGCCCAUGUUGGGUCCAGUGUGGCUCCUGGCGAGCAAGCUGAGGCCGGCGUAGACAAGCUAGAGAGCAACAGCACUGCAUCUACAGCAGGAGAACAACAACAACCCACACCGGGUUCAGAACAGGUUCAUAAGCCAGUCCAGCCUCCAGAAGUCAUUGCAAGCCAGUUCCAGGGAAGCGUUAUUCACCGUCCACCCAUACCGCUGGAGAACGCAGUAUGGACCAAACCGACAGUCGCAGAAGCAGUGCUGGAGGACCUCGCCCUAGACUUCAGUUUGCCCAACUCCCUGCUGGUAUUAAACGGUUAUGAGGACAACGAUGAUAUCGGGAGAUGGGGAGAGCAGCUGGUCUACUCGUUUCUCAACCGCUGGCGAGAAAGCGGAGAAGGACCACGAGAGAUCACCUGGUCCAACGCCAACGGUGAGAGCGGCCAGCCGUACGAUUUCAAACUGAUCUUCCCAAGUGGCUGUAACACCACGCAAGAGGUGUUUGUGGAAGUCAAGACAACAGUCAAGCAGGAGAAGCACUUUAUUCACCUGUCAGCCAACGAGCUCAACUUUGCACUGAAAGAGAAGGAAAAGUAUCACAUAUACAGAGUGUACGGCGCCGGAGAUUCACAACUUACCCGUCUCUGUCGGAUCAAGAACCUUGCCCAGCAUCUGCAUUCCAAAGCACUGGAGUUGUUUUUAUUUGUGUAGAGUGAAAUUAUUUAUUCACACCUUUUGAUCAGUUUUAUUGUAAAAGUGUCGUUUUAUUUUGCACUAGUGACUUUUUAUGCACUUUAAUGUCACGUUGGUCCACAAUUUACGUAGUUUUAAAAUGACUAUAAGAUCUUUUAGCUAUUUUAUACCUCUCUGUCUUGUGUUCUUGGAAAUCUAGUCCUUUAUAUGUUUUAUAAUUUAAAAUGAUAAAUUAAUACACACGUUUUAUUUUUCAGGUUGUUAGUUAAUGUAUGUCAAUUUGUUCUUUAUUUAGAAAUAUUAAACCAGAAAUUAUACAUUCAUUCAUUAUUCAUUAAUCGUUAUCCAUUAAUCAUUAUAAAGCCAGACUGUACUGACUGUUGUGAGUGUCUUAAUUAAAUUUUACACCAUAUUGGAACGUUG